AUGAUUCAGAUUAUCGAAGUCCUAAAACCAGUCGCGAAAUCUACGUACCUCAACAUGUUAAGUACAUCAACCGAAGCAGUGAAUACGCUGCAUACUACGCUUCAGAGUCCACCUACUAUUCCAUCAGUCCGCUUCCAUGGACCAGGUGAUAUUAGACUCGAUGAAUUAGAGGAACCAGUGUGUGGCAAAGGCCAAAUAAAGAUGAAACCCGCCUAUGUCGGAAUCUGCGGCAGUGAUCUGCAUGAAUACACGAGCGGUCCAGUCCUGAUCCCCAAAGAACCGCACCCUAUUACAGGGUCAACAUAUCCGACCCCAAUGGGCCACGAAUUCGGCGGCAUCAUUGAAGAAGUUGGCGACGAUGUAAAAAACUUACAUCCCGGACAGCGUGCCGUGGUCCGUCCAACCAUCUACGAUGGCACCUGUAGCGCCUGUAAGGAGGGCUUCAAUCACUGCUGCGAAAACAUUGGCUUCAUCGGACUAAGUGGCUUCGGUGGUGGGAUGUCCAAAAAGAUCGUUGCACCAGCCACGCAUUUCUAUCCAAUCCCAGAUAACAUUUCUCUGGAGGCGGCCGCGCUCAUUGAGCCCCUCGCGGUAUCUUGGCACGCGGUGACUGUCUCGCCAUUUAAAGCCGGCGACUCGGUACUCAUUGUCGGAGGCGGGCCAAUCGGGAUCGGCGUCGUGCAGGUCCUGAAGCUGCAAGGCGCGAAGCACAUCAUGGUAGCUGAGCUUAUGGAGAACCGGCAGAGAUUAUGUACCGAGCUCGGUGCAACGCAUAUACUUGAUCCGUGCGAAGUGGAUGUUGCAUCCCGCGUGCGCGAGCUCACAGGCGGUAUUGGGGCCGACGUUAUAUUCGACACGGCGGGGGUGGAGAAGGCGCUUAUAGGUGCUAUCCCGGCCUGCAAAGCGCAGGGGACUAUUGUUAACAUUGCAGUCUGGGAGAAGAAGCCUGCCAUUCCAGUUAAUCAAUUGAUGUACAAUGAGUUACGGUACAUGGGAGCUGCGCUUUACGACGAGAAAUCGUUUUUGGAUGUGAUGCAGGCUAUUAGCGAUGGCCAACUUGAACCGGAACGCAUGAUCACUUCGCGUAUUCCGUUGGAUCAGGUGGUGGAUGGGGGCUUCAAGGCACUACUUGAGCAUCGUGACAAGCACUGCAAAAUCCUGGUAGAUGUUCAAUCUCAUAAUGCAACCCUUAAUUAG